AAAGAGGCAAAUCCAUUGUGCGUGCAUUGGCUAGCAUAGCAGUAUCCUCUGCUUUAUGGAUCUCUCUGUUUCUGAUUUAACUUCUCUUAGAAGCAUGAGAUGUGAACAUAAUAAACCCACGAAUAAGUUUAUCUUCUUUGCUUGGCUUGUGUUUACUUAUGUCGUGGCCUUAAUACACACAUAUGUCAUCAUCCGAUUGUGGGCAUUUUCUACAAAGACUUUGACUUUGGCCUAUCAUACAAUUCAAAGUAAAUGAUAGUGAUCACUCACUUAACGCAUUACCCAUGACUUUAAGUGUUUUUAACAACAGAGAGACUUCAACUUUUCUAAAUAUGCGAUUAUAUACAUCACACUCCUAAAUUGCUUUGGAGUUCAUAUCAUUUGUUUCUUCUUCUUUCUUUUUUUUCUAAAAAAAAAAAAAGUUAUUUGCAAUGGAUGGGAAGCUUUUCUGGGGCCAGUACUUAAUAUGGGUGAUAUUACUGUUGGGGCAGCUACGUGGAUGCAAAAGUUGUAUUCAGAAAGAAAGGAGUGCUUUAUUGGAGCUCAAGAAAUUUCUGGUCUCGAGGAGUGCAGAAGGGUACUCUGAUUAUGUUCUCACUAGUUGGACUAAUGAUACAAAGAGCGAUUGCUGCCAGUGGGAGGGUAUUGAAUGCAAUCGUACAAGCACUCGGGUUAUCGGGCUUUCCGUGGGUUUUAUGGUCUUUCAAGAGUAUUCCUUCCUAAACCUUUCUUUGCUGCAUCCAUUUGAAGAGGUUCGGAGUCUGGACUUAUCAUCAGGGAACCAAUACAGCGAGAACGAGUUCUUUAACCAAUUUAAUGGCUUCUUUGAUGAUGUUCAAGGAUAUCAAAGCUUAAGGACACUAAAAAACCUGGAAAUUUUGAAUCUCUCUUCAAAUAGAUUCAACAACAGCAUCUUUCCAUAUUUGAAUGCCGCUACCUCACUUACAACUCUUUUUCUCCGUUCAAACAUCAUGAAAGGCCCUUUUCCUUAUCAAGAAAUAAAGGACUUGACAAACUUGAAACUGUUGGAUCUGAGUCUAAACUAUUUUAACGGUUCCAUUCCAGACUUAACUCAUCUGAAAAAGUUGAAAGCUCUAGAUCUAGGUUGGAAUAAAUUUUCUAGCUCGGGAUUGCAAGAACUAAGCAAUUUGACUAACUUGGAAGUCUUGGGUCUUGGUGACAAUGAUUUGGACGGACCUACGCCUAUAGAAGUGAUUUGUAAAAUGAAGAAUUUGCGGGAGCUCUAUCUCAGUGGAAAUCAUUUUGUAGGCCAGCUUCCUCUUUGUUUAGGUAGCUUGAACAAGCUACAAGUUCUUGACCUCUCAUCCAACCACUUUAGUGGGAAUCUACCAUCUAAUUUUAGUAGCCUUGAGGUCCUCGAAUAUCUAUCGUUGUUAGAAAACGACUUUACAGGCUUGUUCUCACUCAAUCCACUUGCCAAUUUUACAAAGCUAGAGGUGUUGAAACUUUCGUCAACAUCUGAUAUGGUACAAGUAAAGACAGAAGGUAGUUGGAAGCCAAAAUUCCAACUGAGUGUUGUUGUACUCCGAUCUUGCAACUUGGAGAAAAUACCUUCCUUUCUCGUGUACCAGAAAAACUUGCGUCUAGUUGAUCUAUCUAGUAACAGAUUAUCCGGAGACAUUCCUGCUUGGCUGUUUGUGAAUAAUGCAAAACUCAAAGUCUUACAGUUGCAGGAUAAUUCGUUCACUACCUUACAGAUGCCUACAGUAAUGCAUGGCUUGAAGCUCUUGGAUUUCUCAGCAAAUGAUAUAAGGUUAUUUCCUGAUAAUAUCAGCCGUGCGCUUCCGAAUAUGAUACAUAUGAAUGGCUCAAAAAAUGGGUUUCGAGGGCAUUUUCCAUCGUCUUUGGGUGAUUUGAAGAAGAUUAAAUUCAUAGACCUUUCUUAUAAUAACUUCUCUGGAAAGCUACCGAGGAGCUUUCUUAUGAGUUGCUUUUCACUUGAAUACUUGAAACUCUCUCACAACAAAUUCGGUGGCCAGUUUCUUCCUAAAGGAACAAACUUCACUUCCAUGGAGGUGUUGAGAAUGGACAACAACAAUUUUACAGGGAAGAUUGGAGUUGGUUUGCUUAGCUCCAACAAUACAUUGCGAGCUCUUGACGUGUCUAACAAUUGUCUCAUAGGUAUUAUACCAAGUUGGAUAUCAGCAAUAUCUUAUUUGGAUAUAUUAUCGGUAUCAAACAAUUUCUUACAAGGCACAAUACCACCUUCUUUGAUGAACAUUUCGUUUCUGGACAUGUCUGGAAACCUAUUGUCGGGAGCCUUACCGUCAUAUUCUCCUAGCUCAAAAUUGUUCCUACACAACAACAACUUCACAGGGGUAAUUCCGGACACAUUGUUGAAUGAUCGUGUCACAAUACUUGAUUUGCGGAACAACAAGAUCUCUGGAAGUAUCCCGCAGUUUGUCAAUACCGAGAGCAUAAGAAUUCUUUUGUUGAGUGGGAAUAAGUUAACAGGAUCUAUUCCAAGACAGAUGUGUGAUUUGAGCAACAUUGAAAUUUUAGAUCUUUCAGAUAACAAGCUCAAAGGCUUCAUACCUUCAUGCCUCAACAAUUUAUCUUUUGGAAGAAGAGAGGAAUCUAGUUACAAUUAUCUAUCUGCAACCACAGAGAUCCUUCAAUUGGAAUUUUACAAAUCCACAUUCAUGGUGGAUGAGCUUGAGGUAUACUACUUUACUUUUCAGGAGAUUGAGAUCAAAUUUGCUAUGAAGCAAAGGUAUGAUUCUUAUUUUGGCGGUUCUGGGUUCGCUAAAGGAAUACUUGAUUAUUUGAAUGGGAUGGAUUUGUCAAGCAACAAAUUAAGUGGUGUUAUCCCAGUAGAACUUGGAGAUCUCUCAGAACUACAUGCGUUGAACCUAUCUCACAAUUUCUUGUCGAGUUCUAUACCUUCAAGCUUCUCCAAACUGAAAGAUAUUGAGAGCCUUGAUCUUUCUCAUAACAUGUUACAAGGAAGCAUUCCUCAACAACUUACCAGCCUUGAUUUCCUUGGUGUCUUGGAUGUAUCUUACAACAAUUUAUCAGGGAUCAUUCCCCAAGGAAGGCAUUUUGACACUUUCGACGAGAGCAGCUACUUAGGCAAUCCUUUUCUUUGUGGACCACCGACCGACAGAAGUUGUGAUGCUAAGAAGAGCUCAGAGGAAGAAGGCAAUGGAAGAGAAGAUGAAGACGAUGAAGCUGCUUUUGACAUGGUGGUGUUCUAUUAUAGUACUGCUUCAACGUAUGUAACCGCGUUGAUAGGAGUUCUUGCGCUUAUGUGCUUCGAUUGUCCUUGGCGUCGAGCAUGGCUCCUCAUAGUUGAUGCGUCCAUUGCCUCAGCGAAAAGUAUGUUUUCUUAAAAUCAUUUCAUCAGUUGUGACGUACCAUAUUCUGUUUUUAUAACUACAUACAUAUGUGCUUUGUAUUUUUACCUUAAUUACUUGGUUAUUAAUAAAAGUCUCUACACUAUGGAAGA